CAGUCACGCCUGCUUUUCGUAUCCUCUUCCCUUCUCACACCAACGGCCUGCCCGCGCAUUGUUCAAACAUUGUUUUUAUCGUCCUGCAAAAAAAAAAAAAAUUAUAAAUUUCCAGAUAGUUUUAUUCAUCAAAAGACCCUGGUUAAGUGCUGUGGACAUUGGAAAGAAAACCAAAAGUGAAACGAUAACGACAUUCCAACCUCUUGUUCAUUUCGUUUUUGUAUUUUGUGUGUUUUUUUUUGUUUGUUUUUUUUUUUUGUUUUUUCUUGUUUCGAUCAAAACACAAAUUGAAAAUUGGAGUUCAUUAGUGACAUGGUGUUUGUUUGGACUUGACGCAUCGCCGAUAGAUUUAGAUACAUCCCAUCCGGUCUGAAAGCAUCCAACAACAACGAUGGCCGAAGGACAAAUCUUUCGCAUGUGCCACUGGGCGAGAUGGCCGCUGCUGGCCGGCGGCAAUCAAUUGCGACCACUUCAGCGUUCCGUUUACCUUCUUGUCGUUUGGACCUGUCUCUGUUAUGGCCUUUUCCAAAUCUCCAGCCGCGGGUCGGCAGAUCCCACGUCGAGCGGCGCCGGCGCCGGAUAUGCCGGAGCCGGACCUGUCAAUUCCCGCCUCCUUCUGCAGAAGGUCACAGAGACGCCGUUGACCUCGACGGCCGCCUCCAGCGGCGUGGCCGUCGGCACGGCCACUCAACCCGCCACCAGCACCGACCCGGCCGGUGUCAAAAUCGAUCGGACGAAGCCGGCCGACGACGAGUCCAUGGCGCCCUUCAUCCAGCAACGUGUUCCCAACGUGCCUUUCGAGUUCUGGCUGCGGGAAAAGGCAAAAAUCUAUGGCAAAAACCACACUUGUGCCUUCUAUCCCAGCGUCUUUGAUAUCAAAUUCAACAACAAUUAUUGGCAAAUGUUCCGGUCAUCAAACGGUACCUUCUACUUGUACGGAGCUUAUCACGACAACCGGGCGGCCGUCCAGAAACCGACCAUUCGCAUUCUCGGAAUGAUCGACCGGAUAGAGCCGACAGUCAAAACGCAUUGUCUCCUAUGGUACGACGCGGCCAAGGAUCCCAUCGUCAUGCCCGUCGUCGAGUACAAGUAUGUCUGGAAUCAGAAAUGGGGGAACUACAAACAAGGACUUCUCCAGCCCUACCUGAUGGCCUGCCAUCUGCCGACGGCGGCCGUCCUGGCCAACAAGGGACUGCCGAUCGAUCGGGUGCCCAUCUCCGUCUCGCUGACGGAGAAAGGCUGCGAGCCGCCCACCAACAAUUUGCGGGUCAACAACAACGUGCCGGCCAAGAAGGGCCGCUUCGCCGUUUGCGUCAAAGGUCUCGACUUUUUGCGCGAAGACUUGAGCGUCCGUCUCGUUGAAUGGAUCGAGCUGUUGGGCUUGCUCGGAGCGGACAAAAUCUUCCUCUACGAACUUGAAGUUCAUCCCAACAUCUCCAAAGUACUGCGAUACUACCAGGAAACGGGCAAAGUGGAACUGACGCCCAUCACGUUGCCUGGCGAGCAGCCCAACAUCCCGGGAUUGCGUCACAUGUAUCUCAAGUCGAAGAUCACGAGCAAACGCCAAAACGAGGUGAUACCGUACAACGAUUGCUUGUACCGCAACCUCUACAGCUAUGACUACAUCGCUCUAAUGGAUACGGACGAGGUCAUUUUGCCCAAGAACGUGCAGACUUGGAACGAACUGAUCGACAUUAUAGUGCCGAAAUCGCUAACCGUUGCCAACUACACCCGAGCUUCUUACAAUUUCCGCAAUGUUUACUUUUGGGACGACGCGGAGCACUCGCACCGAUGGGAGGCCAACAUCCCGCGCCACAUGCACAUGCUCCAACACGUCUACCGUAGUUACAAUUACACGAAACCCAACCAGUACGUCAAGUGCUUCCACAACGUUCAGAAAAUCCUGACGCUGCACAAUCACUUCCCACUGGCCUGUUUGGGUGGUGGUUGUACUUCGUACCCGGUCGAGCCAGAAACGGCUCACCUGCAACACUACCGUGCCGAUUGCGUCAGCACGCUGAAGAAGAGCUGCGACACCGAGUACAAGCAGCAUCUGGUCAAAGAUACUAUCAUAUGGCGAUACAAGGAAGAUCUGAUUCCUCGAGUCACUCAAGUGCUCAAGUCUCUCGAUUUCUUCGAACACAAGGACGAAGCGAAUCAACUGUAGAGCCAUAGAGUUUAAAAAAACAAAACUGGUUGUUUGUUUUGGUUUCAUCGUUCAAGGACCAGACACACCCAUCACAUUUUAUUUUUUAUUAUUUUUUUUUUUUUUUUUUAAUAACAUUAAAAGGGAAAAAAAAAAAAAUGAGAGUUUUGUUUGGUCGGUUUGUGUAAACAAUGUAUUGUAAGUCAUACGCUCAAGACGCAACAAACUUUUGAUUUUCGAAUGGCAGAUAAAGAGAGAGAGAGAGGAUGAAAGGAGGGGGGCUUAUGCAUAAUUUAUGCAUAGUCAGUCAAAAAAAAAAAAUAAAUUUAGUUUUAGGGAAAGCUCAAUGUUUCUUCGGCGCCGUCGCUUCACUCGCGACAUCACGUCUCAGCAUGACCAGUCGACUGAAUCCUAUUGUAUAAAUCAACAUUUGUCAAACAAUAGGAUAAUAUAUAGAUAAAUGUCGAGACAUUUCACAUUUUUUUUUUUUUAAUGAGGGAGGUUGAAGAGAGAAGAAAUGAAAACAAAAAAAAAAAACAUGGCCGACGCUGAAAUCGGCCGCGAUCUACGUCCACGUCAGUCGUUUAAUUUUUUUAAUUGAAACGAGCUAUUUACGCACAGUGCACAAUUUUGUUUGUUAAACUCAUCAUUUUUUUUUUCUUGUAUGUGUGUUUUUCUUUUCUUUUAAUUGUUAUACUCAGUAAUGAAUCUGUUUUUUUGUUUUUUUUUUUAAAUUUCAUUCGGCAUGAGUGGCAUCUAUGGAUUCGAAAGAAAAAUAGAUGGAAAGCUUGUGCAUAACAUUGUGCUUGUGGGUUUUUUUGAGCACCACGUUCGGAGAUGACGCACAACUCUCCGGUAAAGACAAUGUGCGAUGUGAUGAUUUAUCUUGCGAAUAAGCAAAAAAAAAAAAAAAAAAAAAUUAGCUUUCUGUUUUUUUUUCCCAUUUUUCAUUUUUUCCCAAAGGAAAGACAAGAACUGUAAUCUCGAAUAAAUCCAUUUGACAUGGCCGCGUCCAUUGCCAAACCAUCAUUUCAAUUCGUAUGCAAAAGUGCUUGUGUUAUUUCACCCCGUUUUUUUUUUUCUAUUUCAUCAUUUUUUUGUUUUGUUUUGUGUAAAACACUCGUGAGACACAUUUCUGUGAAAUGCACACGCCACACCCCCCCCCCCCCAAAAAAAAAAUCGCAGUUCGCUUUUUGUUCACUGUUUUUUGCUGUAAAUGGUGUACGAUUCAUUAUAUAAUUUUGUUUUUCUUCCUUCAAAACCUUUUUUUUUUAACGUAUAUCCUUAAAGCCUUAGCCACCAUCCGUAAUUUGUCGGCAAAAUCAAUUUAUUUUUCUUUCAAAUACGUGUCAAUACCGUCCUAUAUGAGAUACGCAGCCUGUUGCGUAUCAUUGUGCUAGUGUUUUUUUUCUGUGAAUUAAAAAAGAUUACAAAAUAAGAAAACGUU